UCCGGGAGUGUCUGGGGAGGCGCGGGCCGCCGCAGGCUCAGGCGCUGCAGCGCUCCGGCUGGAGCCGGCGGACUAGGCCCAGGGAUACGCUCGCCCCGACUCCGCCGCCCGAUGUCCUCAAGAUGGAGGCAGCGGGGAGGGCGGCGUGAAGAAAGCGGCGCUGUGGGCGCGGGAGCAGGGACCCGGGCGCCCAGGGCGGAGGCGGUGGCGGGAUGGGGCUGCUGCUCAUGAUCCUUGCGUCGGCCGUGCUGGGCUCCUUCCUCACGCUCCUCACCCAGUUCCUGCUGCUUUACCGCAAACAGCCCGAACUGCCGCCGGACGAGGCCUCCCGCGCGGGCGACGGCUUCCGCUACAUCAAGCCGGUGCCGGGCCUGGCCCUGCGCGAGUACCUUUAUGGCGGCGGCGGGGCUGAGGAGCCCUCCGGCGGGCCCCCCGAGGGCGGCGCGACCCCGACCCCGGCCUCCGAGACCCCCGCUCCGCCGACGCGGGAGACCUGCUACUUUCUGAACGCCACUAUCCUGUUCCUGUUCCGGGAGCUGCGGGACACCGCGCUGGCCCGCCGCUGGGUCACCAAGAAGAUCAAGGUGGAGUUCGAGGAGCUGCUGCAGACCAAGACGGCCGGGCGCCUGCUGGAGGGGCUGAGCCUGCGGGAUGUGUUUCUGGGCGAGACCGUGCCCUUCAUCAAGACCAUCCGGCUCCUCCGGCCCGUGGUACCCGCGGCCACCGGGGAGCCCGACGGCCCCGAGGGGGAGGCGCUGCCCGCCACCUCCCCCGAGGAGCUGGCCUUCGAAGCGGAGGUGGAGUACAACGGGGGCUUCCACCUGGCCAUCGACGUGGACUUGGUCUUCGGCAAGUCCGCCUACCUGUUCGUCAAGCUGUCCCGGGUGGUGGGGAGGCUGCGCUUCGUCCUCACCCGCGUGCCCUUCACCCACUGGUUCUUCUCCUUCGUGGAAGACCCGCUGAUCGACUUCGAGGUGCGCUCCCAGUUUGAAGGGCGGCCCAUGCCCCAGCUCACCUCCAUCAUCGUCAACCAGCUCAAGAAAAUCAUCAAGCGCAAGCACACUCUUCCGAGUUACAAAAUCAGGUUUAAGCCGUUUUUCCCAUUUCAAACCUCGCAAGGAUUUGAAGAAGAUGAAGAAGAGCAUAUCCAUAUACAACAAUGGGCACUUACUGAAGGCCGCCUCAAAGUUACAUUGUUAGAAUGUAGCAGGUUACUCAUUUUGGGGUCCUAUGACAGAGAGGCAAAUAUUCAUUGCACACUUGAGCUGAGCAGUGGUGUUUGGGAAGAAAAACAAAGAAGUUCUAUUAAGACGGUUGAAUUAAUAAAGGGAAAUUUACAAAGUGUCGGACUUACACUUCGUCUUGUCCAGUCAACUGACGGGUAUGCUGGGCACGUCAUAAUUGAGACUGUGGCCCCAAACUCGCCUGCUGCAAUUGCAGAUCUUCAGCGGGGAGAUCGGCUGAUUGCUAUUGGAGUAUCAGAACAAGCUGAAAUACUGUGUGGCCAUUUUGUGAUUUUGAGAGGAGAAAACAUGCUAAAAAUUUGAAGGUACUGUCAAUUCUAAAUGUAAGUAUAUUUAAAUUUUUUGAAAGGCAAUUUGAAGACACUUGGCUCCUGCUAAUGGUAAGAUAAUAAAAUCUUAAGUCCUGUAAAAGUAAGUUUUAAAUCACUUUAAUUUAAAAAUAUAUUGUCUUUAUUUCUAAGUUGAGAGAUAAUAGCUUUCCUAAUCCUUUUUACACACACACACACACGAACUUCAGGGGCCCGUGGACCUACUGUGUUAAAUAGCUGCAUCAUUACAUAUAGUUACCUCUCACAGCAAUCAGGAACACAGUGUAACUUUAGAGAUGCAAGGAUAACUUACUGGUUUGUUCCACACUCACACCAUGUGGCUAUUUACAUAUUUCAAUUUAAAACAAAUUUUGCAAAGCCAGAAAGUAUGGUUCAAACCAGUCUGGAGUGGAUUUUACCUGAUGCCUGCAAGCAAAGAAUAGUCUUCAAUUGAAUAUCCACAGUUAAUACCUUCUUACAUAUUUUAUUCCAAUGAUAAUGUCUAGUUAACAAAGGAAUACAAACAGGCACAGUAGUGUUCAGAAGGUUUAUUAAGUAAACUAGCUAAAACAUGUUGUAGGUGGAUACACUUAGCAGUCAAAAGAAAGAAUUGAAUAUUCAUUGCUACCUCAUUAAGCAUUUUGUAUCUGUUUUGCCAGGUACAAACAUAAAAACCACUUCUCAAAAAAUGAGUGUUCAAAGAGCUGUGUGUUCUUUGUUCUAAUAGACACAUUAAAAAACAAACAAAAAACCUCUUCAUAGUCUUGCCAACCCCAGAAUAUUAGUCAUAUAAAAGACCUUACAGUUUUUCCCCUUAAGAUAUAAUAUAUCUUUUGCUCUCAAAACAGUUCUGAAAAACAUGUAUCUUUUAUAUGAUCUCUGGGCAUCCCCAGCAGACAUGUCUGCCAGUCAUUCUAGAAGAGACUGAAGCCUCCCACGCAAAACUAAAAGAGGAGUAAGUUACAUGGUAUUGGGAGUGGGGAGAACCACAGACCCUCUUAAGAAUGGGUUUGUAACACAUUCUUUUUUAAGGCUCUCCCCUACGGAAGCAGAGAACAAUCCUUCCUUUUAACUUUGGCCAUAGAAGUGCCUCCAGAGCCAUCCUCCAAAGCAGCAGCCUUGUGUGAGUUGCCCAGUGCAAAUACAUGAGUAGGAAGCUUGUUUGCUCCCAAUACAUGCACUUGAAAAUCAGACGUCAGAUCAGUCAAAGCCCCACAAGAAAGCUUCAUAAAGAAAUGAGGAAGGAAGUAUUAGCUACAUUCUCAGAGAAUGGCAAGGUUGAGGAGUCCUCCCAAGGUAAUAGGAACAGUUUUAGCUUAGUGAAGACCUGACAUCAGGUAAUUUUACGAUUACAGAACUACGGAACAAACAAGUACUACUUGAGACAGUCCACGCUAUCUUCAAUCAUAUCUCACACAAUACUUGAUGUAAGCUGACAAUGUUCACUAACACGGUAUUUGCUGUUACAUCGAAAAGGCACAUCAAUGUCAUGCUUAGAAAAGCUACAUUGCACAGCACUAGAUGACACACUAACACACAUUUUUAGAUGUUUGGGUUUUUUCCUGCCUGUGAAAGGGGGUGUGUCCUAACCACCCUGCUAAUUUUUUACCUGUUUUCCUAACAUGAUUCAGAUAUAAUUUUAUUCCUCCUCCAUCUUCAUUUAAAAUUUGUUUUCACAUAGAUGUGAACAACUUUCAGAAGUCUAAAAAAAAGUUUCAGGCAACUCAAAAUUAAUAGAUCCCUAAAAAACACUUGGAUGACUUCCAGGUCAAAGGUAAUUAUAGUCUGAUUUUUUCAUUUCGUAACAGCUAUUAGCCUUUUAAAUUUCUUUUCUAAAACUUGAUCUAGAUGUUGAUUUAUCUCAUCAUGCUUAAACAGCUUUGACAGGAUAAGGGACAGCUAUCCUCGGCGUUCUGUCGUCUGGUAAGACAAGUAUGUAUCUGAAAGGAAAAGCUUCUCACUCAUAACUGUACGUUUGGGUGCUUUUCUCUGCUUUCAGAGCAUUUACUAUUUUACCCUUAUCGGCUUUAAUGUCUGCUGCCAACCAUAUGACAUGUAAACAAUAUAAUUUACGACCAUCUGUUUCCAGGUAGGUGGUUACAUAGAACACUAAUGCCAGCUGAGAUUCACGGAUCUCUCCUCAAGAUGACUGACUCAAGUUCUUGUCCUCUACGUUUGAGAUAACUAGCUUUUAACUCAUGGGUAUACUGGUAGUACAGUUGACCCUUGAAAAACACGGUUUGAACUGCACGAGUCCACUUACAGAGUUCUUUCGCUAAAUAUGGACUGCAGUACUACAUGCUCUGUGGCUGGUUGAGUCCACAGAUGUGUGGCGGUGGGUGUGGAGGGCCAACUGGAAAGCUGUAUGCAGAUUUUCAGUUGUAUCAGGUGUCGGCACGCCCAAGCCCCAUGUUGUUCAAGGUCAACUGUAAUUACGAACUCAGUAACUCAACAUUCAGUGUCACUACAUAAUAUAUGCUGUCUUAUUUGAUUCUGUUUUUCAGACUUCCUUCUGGCUUCUCAUUGUUGGAAGUGUCUCGGAGAUAAUGUGUGCUUUAGUUUUAAACACUCAUUACCAAUAUUCAGAAAAAAUAUAACUUUUUACCCAGGUGUUCGUGAAUGUAAGUUAAAAAAUUAUAUCUGAUUUGGAUUCAAAUAUUUAUAGAUUUACACUAUAUUUCGUCAAAAUAUACUGUAUAAUAUUUAAUAAAAUCAAAUACAUAAAAUAAAGUUUUCAACACUGUUUAUACAAACCCCUAGAAAAGCUGCUUUUUCUUUAUAAGGCUGUUGGCAAUCGAUCAUAACCAUGGAAAAGGAAGGACCUUUGGUGGUUCACUCUUUGACCAGGGAAGAAGGGUAUGACGAAGACAGUUCUGGAUGAGCCAUUUCACUGGAAACACUGUUGCACACAGUUAGACACUUGGGUGACUUUGGAGGGUCUCAGUCACUUUCAGACUCUUCAUCCUCACCUAUCGGAUACGCCUGGAUAUUAUUCUGAGUGUACAUUUUUGUUUUAAUGGGGCAGUUGUGAUCCAUGAGAAUAGCCUAAAAGAGAGCAAAGUGCAGAUUUAUUAACUUCUUGUUUCAUCAUGAUACAAUGGUUUUAACCUGAUUUUAAGGACUAGUAGUUUGAAAACUAGAUACAGUACCACCUACUAUUAACCACGUAGGCGUCUGGUGCAAUUGCUAGGUGCCUGGCCUGGAGGACCCGGGGUCCCGCGCUCUGAGGGCCCCGGGCAAUCGGAGACAGCAGCAGCAGCCUGCGUGCUGUCUUCAUUACACCCACAGGGGCUGUGAGUCAGCAGAGGGGGCGGGGGAAUCUAAGCUGAAGAAGGGUAUGCAGGUUCGGUUUAGGAAGAGUUAUACUUAGAAUGUUGGAAUUAGGGUGGGGGGGACCCGGGAAGUCACACAACCCACCUUCAUUGUAGCAGCACUCUUACUAAGGACGCGCUCUCCCCUUAAUGCGACGAGCUCCUGUGUCAGAAACGUACCCGAGGCUGGACUAACACCUGGCUCCACAUUUCUAUUCACGGAUCGAGUUCUGAUUCCAGCCAUCAUCACAGACUCUCCUUACACUAUUUCAGACCACUGCCUUAGAUUUCCCCAGACUAAACGUCACAGAGCUCCCCGCACUGCAGUAGGGGGACAGGCACGUUCAACUCUCAACUGAAGGAAAAGUAAAAAGGAAGGGGUUGUCUCUGAACUCAGAGCAAAGCCCAGUUACUAAGAGUUGAGCCCUGGCCCCGCCAAAAGCCGGGUUUCUUCUCACACACAGCAGAGUCGGGAUCUCUAUCCAAAGUGAUGAAAAUGUGGGAACAAGUGAGUAAAAAUGACACAGAUAGGAAGCUGGGACAGUGAGACAGUUACAGCACUAAUGUUCUAGGCCUCGAGACUGAAGACCCCAGGCCUAUGUGCUAGAAAAGUUUUACUUACCAAGUAUCUUAAAUUAAAAAAAAAAAAAAAAAGUGAGUUUUGCAUCAGAGUCACCUAGUAAAAGAAA